CAUGAUUCUAUAUCCCACCAGGUGGCAGACAUUGAAGAAACCAUCCAAUUCAUUCAAUCUUUAUUUUUCUCAUAUUACAUAUAUUGAGUUGAAUACCAUGAGAUCGACAUAAUCGACACUUUAGACUUUUACCAAGAUGUGCUGGAGCUAGUAGAAUUGCUUUAGUUUCCUUCGACUCUCCUAAAAUCGCGUGCCCCUCAGUCCGGAGAUAUUCACCCCACCAUUAUCAUAGCUUUUCCAACCGGGUCUCAGGUUGACGAUUAUCUAAGACUCCUAGUACCUAUCUUAUAAUUUGUUUUCCGAUUUGUUUUCUCUCUUCUUCCUUAUCUUAUUCGGACCCAAUCCACCGUCGUGAUGGAGUCGGCGAUCCGGACUUAUGGUGAAGAUUCCCAGUGGAAUGGCGUAGAAGAAAACAUCGAGGAUCCGGAGGAAAUCAGAGUCAUAUUCCAAGCACUCGAUUCAUUUAGCCAAUAUGCGAAGACGGCCCACUUGAAUUGUACCCAUCUGCGCAGACAGGCCUUCUAUGCUCUCCCCCAAGCUCACUGGCAGAUGCUGAGCCAACCUCCGUUCUCAUACCUGGAUGUGCUGAAUCGAGUAGACGAUGCCAUUGAGAGCAAUGCAGAAUUGGCCCGCAUUAUUGUUAAGGUUGGCUUGCGAUCUUUCGGUGCGAUAGAAAAUGCUGAAGGCGAAGUUACCAUGCCUGAGGAUUGGUCUGGCAUUGCCAAGUAUAAUGAUCUGGAUAAGGCUAGGAGCACUAUCCGACAGUUUUACCGGGACUGGUCUGAAGAAGGUGUUGUUGAGCGGGAUGCCUGCUACGGCCCAAUAUACCGGGCGCUUGACGCUGAGAAGGCUAAAUACCCAGACCGACAGCCGAUGAAAAUCCUGGUGCCCGGUGCUGGACUGGGACGUUUGGUCUUUGACCUCUGUUUGAGAGGUUACCAUAUUGAGGGCAAUGAGAUCUCUUAUCAUCAACUGCUUGCGUCGUCGUAUAUUCUCAAUUCCACGGAAAGGGCUGGCCAACACACUAUAUUCCCAUGGAUACAUUCCUUUUCUAACCACCGGACCCGUGAAAAGCAGUUCAGGUCAUAUAAGGUUCCAGACAUUCACCCUCAAACCACACUUGCAAAUGCUCAAGGAACUGGAUCGAUGCAGAUGUGUGCCGCUGACUUUCUCUGUCUAUACGGAGACGAAAGUCAUAAGGAUACAUAUGAUGCUGUAACUGCCGUAUUUUUCCUGGAUACAGCGCCGAAUCUGAUUCGUUACCUUGAAGUUAUCCGGAACUGUUUGAAACCUGGAGGAGUUCUCAUUAACGUUGGACCUCUACUCUGGCACUGGGAAAACCACGUUCCCAGCCACCAUGGCUACGACGGAGAUGGCGACUAUGAUGAAAAUAAUUCCUUGGGAAUAGCAGACCCUGGGAGUUUCGAGCUUACUGAUGACGAAGUCGUCGCAUUGGUAGAACGAAUUGGUUUCAUCGUAGAAAAGCGAGAAGCGGGGUUGCACGCCCCUUAUGUGCAGGACGCCGAGAGCAUGCUGCAGACGUUUUAUAAUGCCAGCCAUUGGGUCGCACGGAAGCCGGACGUUGUAUCUGAGGUCGGCCAAAGCUGAGAUAUAAGAUACAUCUCGAAAUUUACUGGCUGAAUUUGAGGCAUUGCAUCUGGAGUAUGAGCUCACAUGUAUCAUGAUACCAUCUGCAUAUUGCGUGGAAGAAAUAACGAGGUCAUGUCUACUAUUUAGCAUUGAACAAAUAUAUGAUAAUAUGAAAGCAUAUUGGC